UGAUCCGUGCUGGAACCAAGCCUGCAGAGAAUGUCCCUGAAGCAGACAUGGCCAAAAGAACCAGAUUUGAAGAAAUAAAGAAGACCAAGCUUCGGAGCUUAAAUGUGUUUGUUUCAAAGAAUCGUCUGUGUGUCCAUAACCUGCCCAAGUCAGUGGACAACAAAAAACUCAAAGCACUCUGCCUCCAAGCAGUGAAAGGGGACAAAGGAGUACGCAUAAACGAGUGUCGGGUGAUGUAUGACAAGAAGCCAGAGAAGGGUCAGUCGAACGGACAGUCGUUAGGUUACGGCUUCGUCCAGUUUCAAGAGCACGAGCAUGCUCUCAGCACACUUCGUUACCUUAACAACAACCCUGACCUCUUCGGCUCACACAAGAGACCGAUCGUUGAGUUCUCCCUGGAGGAUACAAGGAAACUUAAAUUAAAAGAAAUCCGCCAACAAAGGAACAAGGAAUUCUUACAAAAUCGGCUACAAAAAGGAGGAGGGAAACCUCAGACACCGGCAGAUGGAAAAUGGGCCAGUAAAGAUGGAAAUAAAGCAGCAACCUCAUCCGUACAGACUGGAAACGAGAAAGCUCCUCUUGAAAACCAGAAGCAGUCCGGACAGUUUUCGGGCUUCCAGACGAAACCUGAGGUCGAACAUGUGGAUUUGCAGAACGGGAAGAAACGAAGAAAGGUUCUAGCCUUCCCUUCCCAUCGGGGGCCUAAGAUCAG